AUGGCGGUUCCACUGACAGAGUCCAAGGCCGUGUUCUUGGAAAGAUGUGAGACGGCCGGAUUGCCAACGCCGAUUCGGGACAUCUUGGUUGGCAAGAAUCUCAGUACCUUGGCAGGUCUCGCAUUCGCAGCGGGGCAGCCGGGGGAAACACCGAGUGAUGCAGCACUCACCGGCUUGGCGAGGGCAGGGACUGAGGAAGUUCCAAUAGCGACCCUCGCAUCCUUGAGGCGGCUAGUGUUUGAAGCGCAGCUCCUCAUGACGGCACAGGUGAAGAUGCUGAUCGAGCACCGGGCCGAUGACCAAAAGGCGGAAUUAGCACCCGCAGAAAGAUCGGAGCGAAUCCAGAAGCAGAGCGAGCGCCUGGCCGGUGUUGCACUCCGCAACGAGUCAGAGUGCUCCUAUGGGUCAUAUGAUUUGGUCAUGAAGAUGGCCGAACUUCGUCUGGAGAAACCUCGAAAGGAGCUUGAUGUGGUCAACUCAAAAAUCACUUUGAAGGACCAGGCAGUCGAUCUUCAAUGCCAGCUUCACACGCCCCUGUGCCUACAUCAUGCUCUUCAUCGACGGGCACUUGCAAUGGAUCUCGUUGGGGUAGCCAGCUACAGUGUGAGCAUGGAAUUUCACGAGUACUUGAUGUCACACCUUACCAUGGAGCCACCGCCUGGCUAUCAUCAAGUCACACUGCAUCAGGUUCUAGCAGCUGACCGAGCCGCUUGGUUGCGACUCGCGGAGAAACUUCCUAAAGGGCUUCGUGCUGGUCCUGAUGGGAAACUCCCGCUGGACGUCGAGCUCCCGAAAUUGCAGGGCGACCCGAAAGUGGCUUUUCAUCUCUUACCUCUGGGACCUUCUGCUUCAUCAUCCGGGAAGCGUCCGAUGGAUGGCGACCAGGGCCAGAGCAACGAUUGGAAGAUCCCAAGGACUGGAGGCAGGGGUAAAGGGAAGGGCAAAACCCCGGGCAAAACUAAAGCCAUUCCUAAGUCUAUGCCUGUGUCCCUCAAAGAUAAGUGGUCGCGAACCAAACGCGGUGUUCCGAUAUGCUGGGCCUUCAACACGGAAGAGGGCUGUUGUGACUUGAUUGAAUCACUGGAGGUUUUCCUUAACCGGGCUAGGGCUCGGGUAACUGGUGUUUCGGUCGAGUCACUCUUUGGAGUUGAAGUUUUUGCAGGGUCUGGUCGCUUGACUUGCGAGCUCCGCAGGCUGGGGCUUAAUGAUAGUAUUGGUGUUGACAAGAAUGUCGGCCGAUGCUUGAUCGCACCGGUGUUGCGUCUCAACCUUUGUGACGAGCAGGCGCGUGAGCUUGUCGUGCAAAUGCUAGAAAAUCCCAGUUGUGCCUACGUUCAUGUUUCUCCCCCAGCCUUGAACCAGAAACAUCGCAGUUUGAAGCACCGUGAUGGUGCCGAUGCUUCAUGCUAUUCAGCCUCGUGUAGCUUGUUGUACGAGUUCUGCGGGAAGCUCUUUAGCGUGUGCUGGUCCAAAGGCAUUCUCUUUUCUUGCGAAAACCCUGGACAGUCAGAGCUGUGGCGAACGCCACAGUGGUGCAAGCAUACGUUGUGUUUAAAUUCCAUUGAUACUGUUUUUCACAUGUGCAUGUGGGGAUCUCUCAGCCCUCGUUUCACACGCAUUGUUCAUUCUGUGCCUUCGCUAACGCAGCUGGGUGUUCGUUGUUGCGGUGUAAGUUCCAGCCACACGCAUGAGUCGCGGAACGUGCUCCAUGACUCCACAUUCCCCCUAGAUCUCAGUCGUGCGUGGGCAAAUGCAAUUGUGGAGCAACUUGUUGCUUUGGGCGCCCUGCCGCGUGCGCGCUCCUUGGAUGAGUCUCGAGUUCCCCUACACCGUGAAGCCCAGGUGGCAGCAGCUUCACAGCCAACACGCAAGAAGGUGCCUCCUCUUGUUAGUGAAUUUCGCUGCGUGGCGACAAUUGACACGCCCAAGCCUUUUCUUGACACAGCUUCCAAGAAACUUGAGGGGCCAAUUCCCAUCCCUGCGGGUGCCAAGUGUGAUACUACGUUGACCGUGCUACCGGCAGGUUCUCGCGUCAUUCGCAGGCAGUUGCUGGGGGUGAGUUCGCCUGCUUUGAAGCUCGAUGUAGGGCCGGAAACUAGCAAUCCCACUAGCAGCCGUGUAGCUUCUUUUCCUGAAGUAAGCAAGCCCGGGCCUGAUCGAGUGCAAGUGUGUUCUGAAGCCACUCAUCCCGCGGAGGUUUUUGCUGCAUCGUGCCUAAAGCUGGGGUAUAUCGACCCGGGAAAAAUUUCCGAGUUCACUCAACUUCUUGAGUCGGAGCUUCCGGCCAGGGGGGAUGGAGGUCAGCAUGAAUUUUCCUUCACGGUGGGAUCCUUUGUUCAUGGCGGUAUUUAUGGGCUUAGAACUUCUUCGGUUAACUUUCCGCUGACAACUCAGGUCCUUGCAAGGUUCAUGCGCCAGCAGUGCCCAGACGCUGUUUUCACGAGCCUGGCUUUGAUGAGGGAUGUGCAAACAACAUUACACAUCGACACGAACAAUUCAUUACCCUACCUGAACACUGUGGCGAAGGUCACCAAUUUCGAGGAAGGGGGUUUGUGGGUUCACAACGAUCACGGCGACAUGCCUUGCCCUGAUGCAAAUUUUGGGCAGCUGAUGGGAACGAAGGUCGACUUCGAAAACGGAGUUAUCAGGUUCGAUUCGCAUCUUAAGCAUUGCACACUCCCGUGGGUCAAGGGGCCCCGUGUGGUUCUAAUAGGGUUUGUCGUGAAGGGUCCCGAGUUGAUGCCAUCGGACUUAGUGAGUAACCUUGCUGCUUGUGAGUUCAACAUGCCGAAUGAACCCCUUGUGCAGCCUCUCCCCAACGAGGAACACUCCUCACCGGCAGGGCCCGAGGACCCAUGUCGUUUGCCCCGACUCCUGACUUUGGACGUCAUUGAGAAGAUUAACAUGGCAUCAGGUUCUGCAGGGGAAAACCCCAACGAGCAGCCAAUAUUUGGUGAGCGACAGGUUAUGAGUCGCCCAAAUGCUACCGCGACAAGCUCUGCUGGAACCGAGGGUGAGCCUCGGGCUAUGAUGAACGGUGUUCCUACGCUAGGACCACAGCAAUCCCUGAAUAUGGAUGGCGAAACCGUGACGGCGAACCUAUCCAGUGAUCUAGAUGGGACAGGAACAGGAGAUGUGGCGGUUCCGCAAGCAGAGGUCACGACCCAGGUGGGGUCAACGACUGCUAGCUCAACUGCCAGGGGUUUCUUGCUUGGGCCAGAGGGAAAUGGUGAUGGGUCAACAGCAGAUCCACCGCCGCCACCCCUACAGACUCCGAAGAGGCAAGGACCAUCGUUCCUGGGCGGUGUGGCCAAGGCAGUACAGGCUAUUCCGCAUGCUGUGGAAGGACUGGUGAAGAGACAUGGUGCUUCUAAUCCAGCUACUGCUAACAGAGCACAAAGUGAAGCGGAGGGAUACAUCUCCGCACAGUCCGGAAGUCCGGACAGGAUACAGCCUCCUCCUCAAAGGGGGUCAGGCCCAGCGACUCCAUUGCUCGACGAGGACACCUUGAGGAGACUAAACGGGAUGCAAACAGCAGCGCCGUAUUUGUAUCCUCCGGAACCUCCCUCGUCAGGUAUGAAGCCGCCGUCGACUACGUCGAGUGAUAUUCAGAUGGAGGUAAGACGACAGCUGCAGGAGUUUAUGGCUAUGAGGGAUGAGGAGUGUAAGGCUCUCCGAACACAGCUGGAACUGCUAGCUUCUGAGAACCAGGCACUACAGAGGGAUCGAGCUGAAUUAAGUGCACAAGUGUAUGGUAGAGAGCUUGGAUUCAGGGCUGAGAAUCAACGGUUCUUCCCGAGUCUGGGUUGGUUCGGUAGGGGUUUUGGGAGUCUCAUGAGCGGUUCUUCCUCGCCCAAACCACCGGCACCACCGAGGGCCCUGGAUUUACGCCCCAAUCAGCCGGGACCAUCCACCCAAACACAGGCCCCUGGUCUUAUGGCCCAUACCGAGGUACAUGUGCCCAACUCUGCUCACCUAUCCUCCCUGAGUGCUUCUGGUCUUGGAGCAUCCCAGGAUGUGCCACCUCCUCCCCAGCACACCUCAUCGUAUGAAAGACUUCCCACCGAGUUCCAAUCUGCAGCUCCCAGAGUUCUUGACUUCGAGGCAGCAGCCGCACCUCCGACCUCUGCAGGAGAGUCGGUUCCGCGCUUUGCCGGCACCCCUGAUGCGGCUGACCCGAUGAGCGUGGUCCUCACAGGUAUGGCUCAGUUGCAAGGGGUUGUUGCGGAUUUAGCCGGAACCCCUAAGAGUCAGGAUAAGCGCGAAGUCAUUAAGCCUGGGAUAACGUCACUCCCUGAACUCCCUCCCUCGGGACCAGAAGCAUGCUUGGCAUUUUCUGACUGGCUACAUAGUGUUAAGCCUGCCCUGGCCGACGUAUCUGACACUAGCGAAGAGCUGUGGGAUUUGAUCAUGCAAGAGUCCAAGGACUGGUACUCUAAGCACCUUAAGCUGGAUGCGAUAAGCAGGCUUACUGACAAGCCCAUAGCAUCCCCCGCUAUCAUGCAGCCAAAGUGGUCCAGAGUUUCGCGUAGGAUUGAGGGGAUGUUGCUGACAGCAGCCCCACCUUCCGUCAGGGACGAACUUAGCUCAGCGCGAGUGAGUGGGCUACUUCCUGUGAUGUGCAGACUAUACACGAUAUAUGCGCCGGGUGGACUUUCGGAACGUGAAAUAGGACUUCGGCAAAUUCAGGAACCGAGUCAGGGCACGACUAUCCGAGAGACGGUGGAUAUUCUCCGCAGGUGGCGUCGCUGGUGCUCCCGUAUGGUCGAGCUGGGUGGUACCUUGCCCGACUCGUCGCUUCAACUCAAGGCACUGGAGCGCAUAACCAAAGUCACCUUGCAAUCCCACCCGGAUGUAGCGUUUAGAAUAAAUUUGACAAGGGCGGCGUUGCAAAUAGACACCACCCCGGAUGAUACGAAAAUAGGCCAGUUGCAUGCACAACUCUUAGCGGAGUUAGAGACCCUGGGACAUAGGACCUCUAAGGAGGACAGGGCCAAGGACAGUGCUACAACCCCGAAUCCUAAGAUUAAAGGGGUGGAGCCUACCGACAACUCCCCUAAGAAUGGCAAGGCCAAGAACCCACCUAAGUCUCCCCCGAACCCUAAGAAUGCAGGAGGAGCUGAGGCGGGAGUGUCGUCUGGAACUCCGUGCACUUUCUAUACCGGGCCGAAUGGGUGUAAGAAGGGUGCCGAUUGUAAGUUCGUACAUAACUGGCUGUCUAUACCCCAAUCUGAAAGGGCGCAGCGCUGCCGCACUUGUGGUGGAAAGGGGCAUCGGUCCCAGGACUGCAAGGCAGGCAUAAAGGCUGAAGAAAAGGCAAAGGUCAAGGCUCCGCCACUAGGUCCGAAGGGACCACCACCGCCACCGAAGGCAUCUGAUAACAGUACGCAGCAGGCCACGGUUGCAGGUUCAGGCAAGGAGAUGACUCAGCAGCAGAUUAAGACGAUGUUGGCAGACGCAGCUGUCAUCUUGCAACAGGCAGCUCCUGUGUCGACGAAUGCACAGUCGCCUCCGCAUCCCGCUGUUCCGAUCAGCCCCUCGCCACAGCCGAAUGCAUCUGUUCCUGCGAAUCCUCCGGUGACUCCCGGAACGCCAGUCUCAUUGGCAGCAAUCAGUGCCCAGAUAGAUACACUGAGAGCCCUUGCCAGGGAACAUGAGAUUCGAAUGGUGUCUGCCAAUGAGGAGGUGAACAAGGCUGUAAGUACUGGAGGUGCAUCCGUGAAAGCGCUUCUCGACAGCGGCGCAACGCAUGCUGUUAUCCCUUACCAAGGGGGAAUGAGGGAUCUGGAGCGUGUGUCUGUCACGCUUGCCGGAGACCAACGUGAAGAAUGGUUUAAGACGAAUGGGGGCACUCUAGUAGUACCCCCUACGACCCAGGAAACACCUUCCCCGCAGCUUCAGACCAUAGUUCCCCUAGGAGCCCUUGUCGAGACUCUAGGCUGCACUGUGAGCUGGAGCAAACGCAAAGGGUUAAGGGUGGUUCACCCCACAAUGGGGCACUUGAAGACAGGAGUGUCGCCUAAUACGUGCCCAUUCGUGCAAGAAGAUCAAGCGCUAAGGUUGAUAGGAGAACUUGAGACGCAGAGGGUCAAGGAUUUCGAGGAAAGCGUGCAAGCUAUGGAGGCAGAGCUCCAUCAGCUUUCUUCUCCCCAAGAUCCCACGGAUGCCCUGCGUAAGUAUCUUGAAACAGGAACCAGGAGCCAGCUGAUGAGCGCGGUGUUCUCCCAACCGUACCUACGCCAGGUGCCUGAGGCUCUGAAGGUUAGGCUGUGUGAGGACAUACCAGGCCUCACAGACCAAGCGGGAUGGUCUUUGCUGAAGAGGCUUCCGCUUCCGAGAGCUAAGCGUAGGGCCCUGCAUGGUUCUAAGAGUUGGGUGGUAAGCCUGUGUUCCGGACCUCCUAAGCCGCAAGAUCCCAUCAAAGAAUGGUGUAAUGAGCGCAAUUUAGAGUAUCUCCCAGUCGAUCUCCUAGAGAAAGGGGGGAAGGGCUGGGACUUGACAGCUCCAAAGGGUGUUUGGUCGGUUUUGCUUUGGGCUGCCGCCACUGGGCGGAUAGUUGGCUUGCUCGCAUCGCCACCACAUCGCACUUGGAAUGCUAUUGAUAGUGCCGAGGGCAAGCGCACCAAGGAUGACCCAUGGGGUUCCUUUGAUGCAGGCUCUGCUGGGUUUAAGGAGAGCUUAAUGGCCAUUCAGGAUAUGUUUCUGUGGUCGCUGACAUCUGUGCAGCGCGGGCACCCAGUGCCAUUCCUCAAGGAACUCCCCUCAUCGGGACAUGGUCUUUCCGGCAGGGAGCUCCCCACGAUCACUCCCGAGUCCUUCUGGCAGACGGACUCCUGGACUGCCUUCCAGCAAUGGUCAAGGAUGAACAAGUUGGAUUUUUGCCAAGGCUCUCUCGGCCAUACGUGGCUGAAUCCCACAACGGUGGGGACUAAUCUUUCUCUUCUUCACCUGUCGGAUCUUCCCAAGCAAGGGAGGCCCCUUCCACCGGGCACUGCGCGUGGUCCCAACAAUGCAGGAUGGUCAGUAGGGUUUAGGAAAGAAAUAGUGGAAGCCCUAGAAGGAAAGGUAAAGGGUCCGUCCGUAGAAGAGCUCGAUCGAGUGAUCUCGAAGGGAAUCGCCCUGGAGUCCAGUUCUUCUUCCGAGGAUUCAGUGAGCUCAAGUGAAAGCACUGAUUCCCCAAUCGCUCCCUCUAGACCCUGCGGACAGCUAACUUUGAUGGCAGAGCCUGAUGACAUCUGCGUUGGGGCCCUCACUGCGGCCCAAAAGGAAGAAUGGAGAGCCCACAUUCUGCGUGGACAUAUGCCUUAUCGUAAGGACUGCCGGUUUUGCGUGGAGGGCUCAGGGCUAGGAAUGCAGCACAGGCGCGUGAAAAACCCGCAGGCAUUCAGCCUUUCAGUCGACCUCUUCGGCCCGAUGUCGGGAGCAGAGAAGGGUAGGGAUGAGCAAUCAGUUUCUGCCAACCCACACUUAAGAUACGGGCUAGUCGGGGUUUUCAGGUUUCCGAAGUCAACACUAGAUAAGCGGGUUGAGCCACCUAAGCCAAGGGAGGCACCAGCACAGCCUGAACCCUCAGCAAGCCUACCGCUUCCCGAGGAUGCAAUGUGUGAUGAGUACGAGCCAUCGCUCCCAGGUGAGUUGGGAGAAGAUCCGGCACUUGAGCCGGGAUUAGACCUUGAAGAGGUGGAGGAAUUAGGCAUAACUGAAGACGUGCAUAAGGUAGAUGCAGUCGAAUUAGUGCCAGAGAAUGCCUCCAGCCCCUCGGGUUCUAAUGAGGUGCCGUUGCAAGGAGACCAGGAGGAGGAGUGGUUAGGUGACGUAGAGUUGGAGGAUCACCUAAGGGAUCUUACCUCCGGGGUAGAAUUGUUGUCCUUGAGAUACAUGAUCGGACUCAAGUCUAAAACCGGACCCGAUGUAACAGCCGGCCUCCAGAAAAUGAUACUCGCAAUCACCAAGACCUUUCCCCUCAGGAUUGUGCAUUGUGACCCCGGCACUGAAUUCGGGUCAGACAAGUUGUCGACUUGGCUCUCUCAACAGGGCAUAAGAAUGCAAACGACUGUACCCACCGAUAAGCAAAGUAAUGGACUCGCUGAGAGGACAGUCGGUUGGAUGAAGGCUAGAGCACGCACUCUUCUUUCGUCCACUGGCCUCUCGCCGGAGUAUUGGCCACUAGCAAUGAGAUGGGCCUCUGAGAGCUAUAAUAGGGGUGUGCUAGGACUCCCCCCUCUUCCAGCGUUUGGUCAGCCUGUGCUCCACAAGCUAAAGAAACCGUCAGAAGCGAGCAAGGAGCUGAUGGUGAGGUGGAUCAAGUCCACCUACGCCGCCCCUCAUCUGACAAUCUCAGAAGGCCAUGUGUUGAUCAACUCAGAUGGUAAUUUAGUGGCAUCAAAGGGGUUCAGGACUAAUUUGGUUGAGCCUACUGUAGAUGAAGGCAUUGAGCUGCCUGCUCUACACGCCGAAGAUGAUAUCUCAGAACCUUCUGAGGAACCUUCGGAGCAACGGAUCCCAGCCGCGAGUUCAGAGGUCCCAGAGGAGCCUCUACCGGCCCCCAGUAAAAGGUGCAGAGAAAAAACAGCAGUGAGAUUCUUGGAUACCGACCAAGAUCUGGGGAACUUGGAACUUAUGUCCAAGGCUGCGUUGCUAGAUGAGGAUGUAACCGAUGCAACGUUUCACAGACUCAUGCAAGAGUUAGAAAGGACAGAAUCCUCUACGGGUGAUAGGAGAGGAGAGUUCCAAGGCCGAUACGUGUUAGGAGCUUUCUGCCAUGGAGGCCAACGGGGAGUGACCGUCCUGGCACGCAAGCACCCUAGUUUUGUCAGGUUCUUGAAUAAGUAUAUGAAGUCACGGCUACCUAAGGGAGGGUCUGAAGGGAGCUACCCCAGAGCCACCUUCCUGUUGAUCCAGGGCACAAAUGUUGACGUGCACAGGGAUUAUAGGAACGAAUGGGGUACGCAGAACCUGAUUCUCCAGGUUCCCCCUCAGUUGGAGUUGUGGGUAAAUGAAGACCCACAUAAGCCAGGCCAAGACUUCAUUCCAAGGCCGGAUUGGGAGUCCUCCCAGUCUCAGACUUUGCAAAGGGAGGUGAUUUCAUUUGAUCCUCGCCGAUAUCAUGCACUGAGAAGAGCACCUCAUUGGGUGCUAGUUGGUUACUCGCCUCUGGGGGUACAUAAGUUGAGGCCUGAAGAUAAAGAAGCCCUAGAUGCAUUGGGGUUUGAACUCCCAGUCUUAGCACCCGAGGAGAUUGAAGUAAAGGCGCUAAGAGCAUCCUCUAGUGCCGCAACCGCCAAUUCCAGCACACCGGCUUCCUCGAGCCAUCAGCCUCCACUUCGAGGGCCAACUGCCAAUCGCUCAUCGAGCAGCUAUGAACCGGCACAUGCGUGCUACAGUCCAGAGAAUGAUUUGCAAGAUGACUCCUACACGCCUUUUAUAGGAUGGGAUCCCAACGAAGGUGAUGGAGCAAUUGAAGCCCCGAGGAACCUUGAGGAAGCAGAUCUAAGGGAAUUUCUGCAAGAAAGGGAGGUUAGUAAUCGUCAAGCUCAGCUGGAGUUUAUGGGAGUCGAAUCACCCGCCGACCUCUACUACUUGUAUGUUGAAGAUCUGGUAGAAAUGGGAAUUUCCUUGGAGGAUUCAUAUAGGAUCAUGAGAGGUGUCCACCCAGAGGGCACGGUGCGCCCAGACAACCCGAACAUGAUCUCGUUGACCACAGGAGAGGUUUGUCUGUUUGGGAGAGACCACCGCCAGCUCCCUAGGGUGAUACAAAAUCGGACCCUAACGUACCAAGCUCCAGGUCCCCCUGUACAAGGGUUAGGGAUUAAUUUAAGUGCACUGAAUCAAAGACCUGAUCCCUACUUGGAGGAUUGGCAGGAAUUGAAUGGCCAUCAACCACAGGUCAUGCCGAUGCCUGCCCAACAGCAUCCUGCCGUUGAUCUUUCGGAGCCUGCGGGAAGUUCCACUGAGAUCCCGUUGAUCUCCACCGUGCAGAUGGACCCAGGUCACCAGCAGGGUGAUGAUGUGGAACAUCUCUCUGAGCGGGUUUACCAGGUAGGAGUGCAGUCCCUAAGUGAACAAGCUGGGGAUGCCGACAUCCAUUCAAUGCACGCAAUGAGAAUGCAAGCCAUUUGGGAUGCCGAAACCGAGGAGGAGUUCAACUCCUUGGUGUAUCCUCCACUAACACCAAUUACCCAUGAUGAAGCUCCAGUGCUUGGAGAAGCCUCUACUCCAAGGCAGAGCACUGCCCAAAGCGCGGGACAGCCGUGUUGUAGAAUGGUUAUUGCCAAUGAGGAGAGGCCAUCCUCCAGCAAUCGCAGGAUGCCAGCGAGGUCUCCGAGACGUUCCGCCCCGGAUCGUGAGGAAAUAGAUCGUACUGCAGCGGUCCCGCAGAUAGGUCUUCCCCUCCCCGCUAUAGUCUCGUUGGACACCUCUAAGGUUAUCCCGCAGGUAGUGGAAACUUCAAAUCCUCGAGUGGAAAAGGUAGAGGAGACUUCCUAUACUCCUCAUAUUGAAGAACUACUAAGCAAUCUCACAGGUCCGCUCGAGGUGGUGCAUCAAGUCGCCCCUGCCGAUGUGAAGGCUUUCCCAGAUAGGUGGAAGGCUGCAGCUGAGGAAGAAGUUAAUUCUAUGGUAGGGAUGAACGCUAUCGUAAGGCACAGCGGAAGAGCUGCCCAAGACCUCCUUAAGCGCCCCAACGUGGAGGUCCUCCCGGCGAAGGGAGUCUUCACUGUGAAACCAGGAAGGCCGUUUAGGCGCAAAGUGCGUAUUGUGUCAUGUGGAAACUACGCGAAGGGUGUUUCUGAAGACAUCCUCUACGCAACGGGAGCAGCUGCGGAAACCCUUAGGGUAAUACUUGUGUAUGCUGGAAAGCGGCGCCGCAGAUGUUGGUCCACUGACAUAAAGUGCGCGUUCCUUCUUGCCCCGAUUCCAGGCUCUGUGAUGAAGGUUUAUGUAUUAAAACCACCAGCAAUACUUGUGGCACUCGGCAUAUGCGACCCGUCUGAAUACUGGCAGGUGUGCCGGGCCGUCUACGGCUUCAAAGAGUCGCCAAAGUGGUGGUCUCAAUACAGAGAUGGAGUCCUUGCGGCCGCAGUGAUUCAGACUCCCCAAGGAGAUGCAACUCUUAAGAGAACAGCGUGUGAUGAAAAUCUGUGGGAAGUCCUCCUGCAAGAUGGCACCUGCCUGGGUCACAUGCUGGUGUAUGUGGAUGAUCUUUUGUUCUUGUGUGAUGCUCACGUAGCAGAGUCAAUCCACUCUUGGAUUCGGAGCCAAUGGAGUUGUUCAGACUUGGAACGUCCGACCUCAAGCAAGGCUUUGAGGUUCUUGGGAGUAGAUAUCUAUGAGACCCACAAUGAGUGCGGGUUCUGUGGGUAUUCUCUGUCCCAAGAAUCUUACAUUGAUGAAUUAGCUCGCAGCCAUAAUCUGAAGCCUACACAGCGUGCCAACACCCCUAUCCCUAAGGAGUGGGUUAAGAAUGCACCCGAUCCUGAGUCCGGGUUCUCAGAAGUCGUCCUACGAGAAGCACAAAGAAUCACUGGAGAACUUCUGUGGGUUUCCCAGCGCACGAGAGUAGACAUAUGUUAUGCAGUAGGGUUGAUGUCAAGCUGGACUGUGAAGUCUCCUGGCUUUGUUGUUAAACUAGGCCAAAGGGUGCUAGCAUACCUGGCAGCAACCAAAGUCUACCGCCUGUCACUGACGCCAGAUGACACUGACACCCUGUCAAUAUACACCGAUGCCUCGUUUGCUCCAUUCAGCGAGCGAUCGAUAUCAGGGAUAGCAGUUCUUGUGAAUGGCCGGUGUGUUUACUGGAAGUCAAAGAGGCAGACUCUUGUCAGCUUGAGCACUGCAGAGUGUGAGUUGAUUGCUGCUUGUGAAGGAGUGGUCCUCGGACAAUCGAUCGAGGCGCUCAUCCACGAACUAUGGAGAUCUAAGGUAGCUAAGGUCCUCAAGGUUGAUAACGUUGCAGCAAUCACCCUUGCCGAAGGGGGAGGGUCGCAGCGGACCAGGCAUUUGAGAGUAAGAGCAUGCUUCUUAAAGGAAAUGCUUGAGAAAAAUUCCUUGAAGGUUGAGCAUUGCCCAGGCGAAAUACAACUGGCAGACACCCUUACCAAGGCGCUCCCCGCCCCUAGGGUAUUAGACCUCAACCAGUUCUUGGGUAUAGGACCUCCUCCGGCAGUUGAUCCCAUAAUUCAGGCAGUCAUCCCUACAUCCAGUGCAUUUCAGAAUCUUGAUCCCACAGAGGGACAGAGUAUAAUGUUGGUUCUGGCAAUAAUGAUGCUGCAGGUGACACCGGUUGCCUCCCAGGAGGAGGAAGAAGGGGAAAAUCUAAGCCUGGACUUGUAUGUUUUGGCAGUGAUGAUGGCCUUUUCAGUACUCUUUGUUUGGGAGCUUGGGAAGCAUUGCAUCAGAGAGUGUCAGAGGAGUAGGGAUUCAGAUCCGGUUGUAGCGGUGGUUAACCAUGAUGAGGCGAUGGCUAGACGUGAGAAAAGGUCUGAAGCUGUUCGAAAGGCCGUAGAAAAGGAACUAGAGAAUGAACUGCGCCAAAGGAAGGGCGAGCGUCAGGAGGAGCCACCACCUCCACCGCCUUCUCCACCUUCGGCCCAGAGCCUCCACCUACGAGCCCAUCGCCAAUUCAAUUUCAGCCCAGUGAUCGACCGUGGAUUUGCGGAAGUCAGCCAAGUGGAUUUAGCGCUGGAAUUCCGCCACCACCUCCUCUUCCUACCGCUCCGGUUAAAGUAA